AUGUCGACUAGCUUUUUAUUGAAGAGACUCGCGACGGUGGUCGUUUCAAGAACUCAUGGAGGAGAUGUCUCCGGUUAUUCCCUCCGCCAAGCUACCACCGGCAUCAACAACUUCUCCACCGCAUUUAAGAAAAUGGAGGGCACGGAGAGCAUGAGAGACCAUCACUAUACUCAAGGUUCGAAUGCUGCAAACGAAGAUAAGUCAACUACUAGUUACGUGGCGGACAAGGCAAAGGAAGGGGUGAAGAAAGCGACGGAUGCAGCUGUGAACGCCGGAGAUAACAUGAAGGACGCGAUGGACGGCGCUUGGAAAGCGGCGAAGGAAACGGGUCAGAACAUCAGCGAUGCGGUUGCGGGCGAUGAUGAUGAUGGCGGCAGGAUUCAAGAGGAUAAGGUCGCGGUGGAGCUGAAAAAUGUGAGCCAGCCCGUUGACAUGACCGAGUAUAGAGGUGUGGAAGAGCUACGACAGCAAACCGCCGGCGAAAAUAAGUCACCGUGA